CCACUGACGUGAACGCACCAAGUGCCGGAGCAGGUUUCACGCAGACCACAUCCUUAUUGUGUUGUCCUCUCUCUCAGGCGUCAGGUGGCCCUGUCCAUCCUCUCUGGAUCGGCCUCUCUUUAUCCAAAUCUAUAGGUUUAUUUGUUAUCACAAUGCUCCAGUCUCUGGCCAGUAGCUCGUGUUUUCGCUUAAUACAGAACCACAAAUCGACGUGGUUCUUUGUGUCGCUGGUCCUCGGGUACGUCCUUUAUCUCGUGUUCGGCGCGGUGGUGUUCUCGUCCGUCGAGCUCCCUUAUGAAGACGUUCUGCGCCAGGAGCUGAGGGCCAUGAAGAAACAGUUUCUCCAGGAGAACGACUGUCUCACCGAGGAGCGACUGGAACGGUUCCUCAAGAAGGCGCUUGACGCCAGUAAUUACGGCGUGUCCGUGCUGAAUAACGACUCCGCCAACUGGAACUGGGACUUCACCUCGUCCCUGUUCUUCGCCAGCACCGUCCUCUCCACCACAGGUUAUGGCCACACAGCUCCCCUGUCAGACCUCGGCAAAGCGUUCUGCAUCAUCUACUCGGUGAUCGGCAUACCAUUCACCCUCCUCUUCCUGACUGCCGUGGUGCAAAGGAUCAUGGUCUACAGCACUCACAGGCCUAUCUCAUACUUCCACACUCAGUGGGGUUUUUCCAAACCCCUAGUCGCCAUCGUCCACGCCUCCGUCCUCGCCAUGCUGGCUGUCUCCUUUUUCUUCCUCAUCCCCGGGGCCAUCUUUUCAGCGCUGGAGGACAACUGGAACUUUUUGGAGUCGUUCUACUUCUGCUUCAUUUCCCUCAGCACCAUCGGCUUGGGCGACUACGUACCCGGCGAGUCUGCCAAUCAGAAAUUCAGGGAGCUCUAUAAAGUGGGAAUCACAGUCUACUUAAUAAUGGGCCUGAUCGCCAUGCUGGUGGUGCUGGAGACCUUCUGUGAGCUGCAGCAGCUGAAGCAGCUGAGGAAGAUGUUCUACCUGAAGAAGGAGAAGGCCAACGACCAACUGGCCAUCCUGGACCACGACCAACUGGCUUUCAGCACCGUGUCUGACAUGUCCCUGGUCCAGCACGAGGACAAGAGCCAGCUGUUUGUCAGCGUCACAAGCCUGUCCAGCCCCAGCGACGACCCCAUGAUCCAGUAGCCGGAGGGCAGUGAGGGAAGAUGGAAAAUAAAAAGGGAUCGCCCUCACUGUCAAGAAUUUUUAGGCAUCGUUUCAGCCCCCUUUAGUUUGCUGCGAUAAAAUAGAAUAAUUUGAAUCAUUCACAAAAUACUGAUCGAGUCUUUCAAGAUCUAGGAAAAGGGACAGAGGAUUUUAAUUCAUUUUGUUUGAGACCGAGGUCUUUCAUGAUAGGAAUUAAUCAGUGUUAAUAUUUAGUGAUAAUAUUUAUCAAGUUUCAUUUUAGGUAGCGCACAUCACAUGGUCCAGACGCUUUAAUGCGGUCUCUAAAAUGCUUCUUAUACCUCAAGGUGAUAAAUACACUUUAAAUAGUUUAUAAGGGAAAACCAUAGGAGUUUUAAAACUGAAUUAUUUGCUCACAUUCCGGAUAAGAGCUUGACUAUUCAUUUGUACUUAAGGAGCCGUGUCGUGUCAUGAUGUUGUUUCUCGUGGGCGACAGAUUUGACUGUAAAGCUGUGCAUCAGAAGGGAUUCUAUUGAAACGGCUGUUUUAUUUGCACAUGUGCAGAGGCCGGUCUGCGCUACUGAAACACAGGGACAUUCCUCUGACACUGUUUUCAGUCACUGCAGAUGUUACUUUAAAUAUCCGACCUGAAAAGGCUUGAGAAUUGCUGCGAGCAAUUUUACUGUAUUUGAAUGUAUUUUUUUUUCCCAGAGGAGGGAGACAGGAAACAUGGUGUUGAUAAGUUGAUGGCUCUUCUGUUCCUCUUAAUGCUAAAUCCUUGCAUGGGAUCACAUUUUAUGUCUCAUCUCAGACACAGUUGAAGCUCAGCUAAAAUGGUUGUGUUGUUGUGUGGCCUGAAGAGAGAGCGGAGCGGCUCCUCGUCGCUCAGCAGAUGGUGUCAUGUUUACUGAAAACAGUCUGUGCGGGUGAACUGUGAAGCAUAAACACUGUAUUUGUCAUCUCUAAUGAGACAUUUUAGAUUCCGUCAUGCGAUGUUUUCCCUCUGACUGUUGUUAGCAGACACUCUAUUAGAGAAACCUGUCAUCCUUGUCAUCACUCCCCUCAUCCUUCAACUCGCCGCAGUCUGUCUUCAAAUGUGUCUCGAGUGCCUGUGUUGCCUCCGACGAUGAAGGCAAAAACACUGAUGUUAUUUAUUUACACUAUUUAAGUAUUUGUUCUGCAUGGGACUGAAUUUGUGCACACUGCACGUUGUUCCUGAGCGUUAGUUGGUGUGCUACUCUGUCCGUGUGGCAAAAUCAUUUCAUUCAUUGAAAAAUUGUGCGCUGUAUAGUAUCAUUGUGUCUUAAAUAAAGUGGUGGUUUAAUAACUGC